AUGGCAGCACCAUCAGCACAGAAGAGAUCCACCAACGAAGAACGUAUUUCCAAAUCAAGAUUACUUAAUGCGUCUAUCCUAACAGUACUCACGGUUGCCAUUUUCCUUCUAUUGAUCUACCAUUUCAUCUGGGCUGUACAGGUCAUGAUGUAUAGACCAUAUGGGAACCUUUUGAACAAUAUAGUUUAUGGUCCGGGUACAUUGAUUGCAAACGCAGGUUUAUCCUCCAAAUUAAUCAAAUAUGUCAACACCAAACUCGUGGAGGAUAAAAUAGAGGCAGAUUACAAAAAAUACAUAUAA